UUGUUGUUUAUAAAAACGCUUGCGACAUCUUCAGUUGAUAUCAUUUAUCACAGCAUCAGAGCCGAAGAAACAGCAGAAGAAAAAAACGGGAAAAAGAACAAUUGGUUAAAAGCUCGUUGACACAAAGAUAUAUCAGUCCCCAGAAAAUUUGAAACUUAAAAAUGAAGAAAACGUUGGUUACUGUGGUCAUUUUGGCACUUUCUGUUGCUUUGGGGAGCAGUUUCAAAGUCGAAAAUCGCUUUCGCCGGUCAGAGAAAGAGGCAAAGGUAGAGGAGAAGGAAGUGAUUACACUCACAGACGUCGACAACUCUGCUGUUCCCAAAAAGGAAUCCAAAGUAGAGCAAGAACUAAAAGAUGCCAAAUUGGAAGAAAUUGGUUUCUCAAAAAGCUACAGAUACUCCAAGGUGGAAGAAAACGGUGUUGUGCGGCGUAAGAAAUUCAUCAGGUAUUCUAAAACGAUCUUGUGUGUGAACGAGAAAGCAGAACGAAGAGAAAUGGAGAAACGACUUCCAAAGCACUACAUUUCCAGAAAAUUGAACGAAGAUCUCGACGAGGAAAUGAAGCAGAAACCAGUCGCCAACCCAAAACAAAAGUUUUGCGACUUGGGCAUCGAAAUUGAGCUUCGACCAGACGGCCGAAAGAGAUUUUUCUUCUUCUGCAUUGGUAUUAUUUUUGUGUGGUGAAAUCACUAUUCAUGGUUUCGUGCACUAUGUUAGAAGAUGAUUGAACUGUAGGCAACCUUCUAUCCUUAUUAGUACUGGUAGUAUAUAUUCGGCUCCAUUCAAUUACAAUUUAAUUACGUAACAAUCUAAUUAUAGCAGGCAAUAACUCGAUUGUGUAACGUUUUUGUCUUCAAGAUC